AUGCGGUCCAGCUGCUCCCUGCUAUUCUGCCUACUGCUUGUGUCCCAUGGGUCCUCAGCAGUCAUCACAGGGGCCUGUGUGAAGGACUUGCAGUGUGGAGAGGGGAUGUGCUGUGCGGUCAGUCUGUGGAUCAGGAGCCUGAGGAUGUGUGCCCCUAUAGGACAGAAGGGAGACGAGUGCCACCCCAUGAGUCACAAGGUUCCCUUCAUUGGCACAAGACUACAUCACACAUGUCCAUGUGUGCCACAUUUGGCAUGCAUCACCACAUCAGAGGGCAAAUCAAAAUGUCUUUCACCGUACAACUACUCAGACUACUACCUCUGA